CAACCUAAGCCAGGAGUCCGGACACCGACGUGAGUAACUGGAGACACAGAGGAGUUUGUCUGUCAUUUUCGUCGAUUUUUCUUGUUUAUGGUGUAAGCAGUUGAUGAUUUCGUCCUCACAGUGAAUGGGAAGAAGAGAGAGGAGAGGAAUCCGUGAGAAAAGCGGGGGUUAAAGGUGAAAGAAGAGGGGAAGAGAGAACGAGAGAGAGAUCAUCAUCAGCUGCCAUCUGUCUGUCUGUCUGUCUGUCUGUCUUCUCAGAACAUGAAGGACAACUGACUCCACCGCCUGGAAGGGUCUCGGAAGCCACCAGUCCGUCCCAGCCACCUGUCAGUCUUAGUGCCAACGCUUUGGGUCGCCUCCCUCCAUUCGAGGAGCCCACCCCCAAUGCCUAUCUACUCGUCUACAAUGGCCGGCGAUGUGUGGGGCCAGUGGUUUGCUUGCUGCAUCACGCAACAGCCACAGCGUCGACGUCGACGCAUUGAUCGUACCAUGAUUGGGGAGCCAAUGAAUUUUGUGCACACUGGCCACAUUGGCUCAGGUGACGUGCAAAUGGGGAACAACCAGCUGGUGCAACUGCAGACGCAAAUGAAGAGCAAAGGAGGCUAUGAACAAGCCCUGCCGCACAAUCAUAUGUUGACGGUUGUGCCAGUGCAGAGAUCAUAGAGAAUGUACACCUAGAGGAUGCAUUUGCCGGGUUCUUCCAAGCUAUCCUGAUACCAUCUCGUACUCCAUGCUGGUGUCUGCCAAUUCAGUGCUGGAGUGGUUAUUUUAAGUGUUAAGCAGAGGGUGGAAGACACAGAUCUUGCCAUAUAGGAGGUCUUAGUAUGUGCUACGUCUCAUGUCCAUGGUGCUCCUUUUAUUCAGGUCUUUACCUUUCUCCAGGUGUCAGUGUCAUGCGUAUGAUGAUGAGUAUGUACCAGAGUGGUAGGACCUGUUGGUAACCAAUACUUCCAACUGCAUUUACUACAGUUUUGAGUGUAAGGCUUCUGAUGAUGGCACUGCAUUUUUUAUAACCUUGUAGAUUGUCAAUUUUGUAAACAGUGCAUUUAUUUCCUGUUAAAAGUCCUUUCAUAGAACCUCAUGCUCAAAUUUUUGGAUGAAUAUAUUAAAUGUCAAGAGAUGUGAUGUUGAGUGUUGUUAGGAGAGAACACGUCAGUAGAGGUACAAAAACUGUUAUUUAAUAAAUUGUGGUCCAUUGUAAAUGGACUGUAUGCACAAUCCCUAUCUGCACAAGUGAAAAACUUAGAAUUUUAAAAUUUUCUUUUAAAAUAUCAUUUUUAAAAUCUCUCUAUUCCCCAUUCCUGUACAUGCAGUGAGACCUUCUAGAAAAUCAUGGCACAAGAUUUUACCGAAAUUUAAUUUUAGUGCUCGUUAGAUUCUCAUACCAUAAAUUGAUUUAAGACGUUCAUUAUUUCUGCUGCAUCGUUUAAAACCCUACUUUGCUAAUGUCUUUCUUUGGAGUCUGUCAUAUGUUAUGUAACUCCACCUACUUUAGUCUUCUGUGGGCAAUUACAUUGGUUUUUUAUAUAAAGCUUUGGGGCUUCACAUUAAGGAGAUGGUAUUAUUUAGUUGCUAAGGGAGGGCACUGUUUAAUGAUAUUUUUUGUACAAAUAGUGAAUGAAUGUGAGAAUGCAAGUAGCAUUCAUUUAAUUUUUUUUUUUUUUUUUUUCAAUUUCUUUUUAUUUUUAUUUUUUUCUCUCUCAAAAGGAAAGUACUGUAUUUGUUCACAUUUGACUUUGCGGUGCAUUUAACACCAAGAUCUUGAAACUCUUAAGUAAGGGUGCGGGAGGCUUGUCUUUUGUGCUCUCUUGUUUUCAAUAUAUAUAUUUUUAGAGCGAAUCUGCUGUUUCUGAACUUAUAGUGCAAGCUGAGAGAUCUGUCGUAUGUAUUAUAAAAUUCUAACCCCAUAUUUUAAUGGCAAGAUGAAUGUUUAACAUAGAAGGAAGGCAAAGAACUAUUGCCAUAUAUUUCUACAAUGGAGAAAUGAAAGAAAAUGGUGAUAAUAUAGGAAAUAUGCCAAAUAUGUAUAGAUUUUACACGCAAUAUUUUGAUAAGGGACAAGUCCGAUGAAAGAUUAAUUAAUUUUUGUCAUUUUGUAUUCCGUAUUUGUUUGUGGUGCUCCCGUGUCUUUCCGUACUGAUAUUUCCUGAAUCUCAUCCCCUCCAGCAUUGCAGUUUUAAGGCUGUACAAAGCGAUUUAAGAAGAAGAAAAAAUAUGACUGGGUCGGCUGUGUUACGCCCUGAAUCGUGGAGAUCUGUUAAUUCUUUAAUUUAAUAAUUUACGCAUUAUUAUUGGUGAUGUAUUUAAUUUGAUUAAUUGCAUUUUGUAGUUAUUUUGAUUACCAUCAUUAUUGUUAUUAUUAUUAUACUAGUACUGUUGAUAUUUUAAUGUCAUUGCUGUUAUUUUAUUAUCAUUUUCUUUAUUGAUAUUAUGAUCUAUAUUAUUAUUAUUAUUAUGUGAUUAUGAUUAUCAUUAUUAAUAUUGGCCUUAUGACUUAUUAUAUUUUGGUCACUUCGGGACUGGCACUAAGAGAAUAUCAUAGGUGCAAAUCUCUCAGGUAGUUGAUUUCUAAUAAAAAAGAGUUUUUGAUAGGAGGUGCCAUGAAUCUUAAACCAGUCCCAGAUCUUGUUUCACUUCUAUUUUUGGUUAUGAUCAUUAUUUAUAUUAUUUUUGUUAUUCCUUAUACAGCGUAAUAGGCAGGUUAGAAGUAUGGUUUACAGUUUCUACUAAGCAUUCCAAACUGCCUGUAGUUAAUGUUAUUACGAUCAUAUUUUUUGCAGUAAUUUUUUUUAUGUCAGCCAAUUUUUAAUUUUCUUUCCUUUUUAUACAUGCAUAAAACAUCUGUAAUGACAACAAAUCCUGUGUAAAUACUUCAAUACCUGUGGAACCAAACCUUAAAGCCCGAAGAGAUUCCCCCACCCCCCAUGACCCCCUCCGUCACUGUCAUGACCUUGUAGCCUUAACCUGUGCCUUGUGUGACCCAGUUCUAUGUGAUCAGUGUACUCAAGCCUCAACCGGGGACCAGGAGAGUGUGCCCCAACAUUUUCCAGUUUUUAAUAACCUUUUUUUUUCCCCCCACACAUACCUUUUUACAUACAAGUAACUUUUUUUUUUAAGGGAAACAAACUGGAGAUCUGUUUUUCUCUAUUCUUUUUCCUUCUUUAUCGCUUUAUCCAUGAAGUAAAAACAAAAACUCAAAACAGUAACCAAAACAAUAAAAACCUUUGUACAUUGAUUUUCACUCUAUUCAUUUUUUUUUUCUUUUUACAGUGUAAGUAUUGUGUACUUUCACACACCAUAGCACUGAUUGCAUCAUGACAUUCUCAUACUUCUGUGACUCCCAUUGGUAGACCCAAUUCAGUUACCCAUGAACUCGGUAGGGAGAAUUCAAAACUAACACAAUUCACAGUCCAUAGUCUGUGACAAUGUGAAUGUCCCUAGAGAUAUCUAUUCGUUUUUUAAUGAUGACCAGUGUCUUAUUUAAUUAGGCUUUUUAUGUCCCAUGUUGAAAUAAAGAAAUAUAUAUUUAACAGAUGUUCAUGUUGUAGGUAGUAUGUUAAGCAGUUACUGUUUCAUGUUUGUUCAUAGAACCUUGUUUUGUGAAAUUCAAUCCCAAAAACUAUAAGAAUUUUAAUGUAUUUGUAGUCAAGUAUUUAUCUACCCUAUUGUGAAUGGUACUCCCAUUAGACGUUAAAUAAAUAGUAAGUAUUGAAAAUUCUAUCCAAAUUGGAUUGAUUUUAUUGAGUCCUUAAAAGGAUUUUUCUUUUAGUAAAUUAGAGCUAUUGCAAGUAUGAAACAAAGGUACUUAAAAUAUUGUUCAUUUCUUUAUUCAGGUUAGAUCAAUAGAAGUCUCAAUUCAUAUUUUGUUACGGUUGAGCUGGUUAUUUAUGCAGUUAGGUUUAGAAAAAAAAAAGUUUAUAUAAGCUGGUAUUAACUUGCAUAGCUUCUCGCCACAGAAAAGGAAUGUGAUUUUAGAUAUUCAGUGAUCUUUAUUUUUAUCCAAUUUUGUAAUUGCAUUAACACAAAUGUUACACUAGAAGACCAUAUAAAUAUAUAUUUUAACUACUACUACCACUUCUACUCAUGUUGGUAUCAGACUAGAGAAUUAAGUUUGAUCCAUGACACGGUAUAUUUGAGGAGUGCAUAGUUACAAGCGAAGAAUGAAUUGGGGUUUUCAGUGAUGACAAUGAAUGAAGCUCAUAGUGUUAUUUUUAUUUUUAUCAACGCUUAUGUUUUUCAUUCAGCUCCAUAUUUUUGGAAUCUGCCACAUAUUGCCAUUAUUUUAACUCUUAGGGAUUUCACUGUUCAUAUUUAUGUAAAGCAAAGAUUACUUAAUAAAAUGCUGAAAUUAU